AUGCACCGAAAAUACGGUCACGUUGUCCGCAUUGCUCCUGAUACCCUCUCUUACACGUGUAGUGAGGCUUGGAACGGCAGCAUGCGCGACAAUUUUUCGAAGGACCCGAAGUACUAUAUCAGGUCUGAUCGGGAUACAAGCAACAUUUCUAACGCAAAUGAUCACGACCACUCUCGACUGCGCCGAGCUCAAGCGCAUGGCUUCUCCUUGAAAGCGUUGUCUUUGCAAGAGUCCUUCGUGCAAAAAUAUGUUGAACAGGUCAUCUCUCGCUUAGGUGAAGAAGUAGUAUCCACUGCCAGAGGUGCUAUCAAUGUGGUCAGAUGA